GUCAGUCUAUGUCAACUGUCAUUAUAAUCCCAAAGUUUUGUUUUGAAUUUGAAACCUAACCUCAAAAAAAGCAAAAUAUUUUAAAUGUAAAAUAGUCCUAAAAAUUGAGAAAACGUCAUUUAUAUACAGAUAGUUUCAGUGAAACAUUACAAUGACUCAUACGGCAGGUAGACCCGGAGGAGAGUCGGAUUCGGACCCCGAUGACUAUUAUGGCUAUUUCGAUGAGCCGCCAAGGAAUUACUUCCAGUACCAACAAGAAAAUGACAAGAAAAAGCUUGAAAUGGACUUGCAGGAUUCCAUCAUUAAUGGAAGUUUGGCAGAAGUGCAAGAAAUUGUUGCUACCAGAUUAAACAACAAUGUCAACACUCGGCUGGACAGCGGCUGGAACGCUCUCAUGCACGCAUGUUUCCAUGCACAAGAUGCUAUUGUUAAAUAUUUAUUGGAGGAAGGAGCUGACCCCAAUUUUCGUGCAGAGGAACUGCAAAAUAAAUUGUAUGGACAAUUAUGGACAAACUCCACUCAUGAAGGCUAUUGGCUGCGGCAGGUUGAUGUUGUACAGAAAUUCUUAGAUCUCGGAGUAAAUAUUGAAGUCAGAGAUCUACAAGGUUGGACUGCAUUGUUCUGGGCAGCUCACCACAAUCAACCUCAAAUAUUGGAAAUCUUGAUAGCCCGUGGAGCGAGGAUGUCAGAAGUCGACAAAUACAAUCGUACAGCCUUAGAACUAGCCGAGUUACACGAUUAUAAUGAAAUUGUGGAAAUAUUGAAAAGGCAUCUUCAAAUACCGGAGGAUCAUGAAGAGUCAUAUGAUAUGGAAAUUACCACUUGGCAUGAUUUCUAUCCGGGUAUUAAAAAGGGGCAGAGUCCAGACUAUAGAAGCGAAAUCCCUCACCUGUUAUAUGGUAUGCACCUUGAGAACUUCACUUCAACGAUUAUGAAGUCUGGCAUGGAUUUGAGGACAUUCCUAUUGCUAGAAGAAAAUGAUAUGGUGAAGUUAGGUAUGGACUUACCAUAUGAACGACAAAGAUUGAAGAGUGGACUUCGUCACUUUCAUAAGAGGAACUGGAAACUUAAGGCCGUAUCUGGUCUUGCUCUGCAGCCUACUGAUAAUUUUAGUAUGCUGAACUAUUUGACGUCUUUGGGAUCCCACCUUCAUCAAAUAUACGUGUUAGAAGCAACUCUCCAGUACACUCUGCGAGAAUACAACAAGAUUCAAGAUCAAAUCAAGUUUGAGCCACCUGAGUCCCCAAUACGUGAAAAAAUGGUCACCGCGGCCAAGAACAUGCUCUCAAACGUAGACUGUAUUAAAAGAGCUUCUGCCAGAGUACAGAUUGUUUUAGAAAAGAUAGCUGAGAAUAAUCCAGAGCCUGCAGAUCUUAUCAAAGAAAAGACAAUGCGGGACAUAGUGCUGGGAUACUUCACUGAAGCCGUCGUCGUUGCUUCUCUAGGUAUGAUAGUCUACCAAGCCAGAAGCUAUUUCUCACAGUUCAUAAGGAAAUAAAUGUGUGUCUCUCAUAACUGUUGUUAUAUGAGUUCAAAGUCUGAGGGCUGAUGUAUUAACUUGGUGUUUUUUAUGUGAUAUAAAGUUUUUGUUCUGUUGUCACAUCUUGCUCCCCAAAUUUGGUAUAAGUAUUACGAAUAUGUCGUUAAACUAUUCGACAUAAUAUGCCAAGUUUCUUUUGUAAUAACGAUUACCUACUUUUGAUCGAGAGUGAGCGAGAAGUAGGUAUCAAAAUUGAUACUGCAACUCAUAUAAAACUAAAACCACAGUUUUUGUAUGUUUAGUGUGGUGUUUGUGUCAGCUUGUGCCAUUUUUAUUGUAUUACUUGAUACAAAUAAUAAGUACUUUUAACUGUACUGUACAUAAUGCUGUAACCAAAUGAUUUUUCUCAUUAAGUACAAGUAUUUUAGGUUUUUACUGAUAGCACAAACAAAUGUUUUGAGUAUUGUGUACUUAACUAAUAAACCGACAAAUAAGUUCUUAAAUAUAGUUUAUAUUUGUGUAAAGAAAAAAGAGUGUAGACAGGCUCAUGUAAAAGCCUGAAACUUUACCCCUAUUUAGACAUAUCUACGUAAUGUACCUAGUUAAUAAGAUUUUUAUACUCAACUCUAUUUGGUUCUAGAAGAUACUUUUUAAAGGGCAUUAUGGUCUGUUCUUGAUGAAUAAAUCGGAAUGGUGUUCAUCAACAUCUGGCGGCGGUAUUAUUUUUCGACUAAAUGCAUUUCGCACAACAUGAUAAUCUUUUUAAAAGUAUGCUUUUGAUUGCCCUCUAGUCUUAAACGUUUUGAAUCUCGGUGUAUAAAUAGCUUAGUGACUGUAAGGCUGAUUUUAUGCCACGCUGACUGUCAGCGCUGACAACUCAACGCAUAGCUGGUCAGAACUGACGAUCAGCGUGCCUCGUUCUAUAGAGUCGCGCUCACCGUCGGUACUGACAGCCAAGAUAUAUGAACUUCUAAUAAAGUGUUUUGAAUAACGCGUAGUUGUCAGGCUGUCAACGCCGACAGUCAGCGUGACGCUAAAACCAGACUUAAAUCGGCCUAAAACAUGCAACAAGUCUUUUAACAUGUCUGUGAAUAGCACAAGUAACAUAGAGUAGCAUUUUGCUACGUCUAAUUUGUAGGUACUCUGAGUACAACAUG